AUGUUCAGGAGCAGAGCACUCAGACUGUUGAAGCCCUUGGUGCCUGGCCAGGCAGGUUUGCAUUACCAGUUUGUUCACCCAGCUGUUGCCUCUCGUGGUCAUCGCUGUCACAGAGCUGUGGGCUGCAAACGGAGGAACCAGAGCUGCACAGCUGCUGCUGGACCACAAACCACGAGUGCUGCUCAGACCAAGGUGAUGGCAGCAGGGGAGCUGCCAGGCCUGCUGGUUCUGGAUGUGGGAGGGCCUCACGGUGUGCUGGAAGGCCUUGCAGCCCUGCUGAGGAAACACUUCCAGCUGGUCACCAUGAAGGAGCUCCUUGAGAACAAGAGAGAGCUGGGCAGGAGGAUCCAGGCUGUGUUUGUGUUUGAGGGCAGGCCCAGUAUUGACAGGGAGCUGCUCCAGAGCCUGCCCAGCCUGAAGGUGGUUGGCAACGCUGGGGUCGGGGUGGACCACCUGGACCUGGCUCUGAUCUCCAGCUUCGGGGUGAAGGUCACCAACACUCCGCACGCCGUGGCCGACCCCACGGCAGACAUGGGCAUGGCUCUGAUGCUGGCCUCUGCCAGGAGGCUGGUGGAAGGCUGCCAGAUUGCAGUUUCUCCAGACACAAAGCACUUUGCUGUGGACUGGCUAGGAGUGGAGGUGAGCAGAGCCACGCUGGGCAUCGUUGGCAUGGGCAGCAUUGGGUACAGAGUGGCUCAGAGAGCCAAAGCCUUCAGCAUGAGGAUCCUCUACCACAACAGGAACCGCAGGAGGAGGGAGGAGGAAGAGGCAGUUGGUGCCCACUACUGUGAGAGGCUGGAAGAGCUGCUGCAGCAGUCUGACUUUGUCAUGCUGGUGGUGAACCUGAGCCCCCAGACCCACCAGCUGAUCGGGAGGAGGGAGCUGGGGCUGAUGAAGCCUACGGCCACGCUAAUCAACAUCAGCAGAGGUGCAGUCAUUGACCAGGAUGCUUUGGUGGAAGCUCUCCAGAAGCAGGUGAUCAGGGCUGCUGCUCUGGAUGUGACCUCCCCAGAGCCCCUGCCCAGGGACCACCCCUUGCUGAGGCUGCAGAAUGUCAUCAUCACCCCCCACACGGGCACGGCCACGGCGCAGGCUCUGCUCUCCAUGGCAGCAGAGGCCUCAGCCAACAUCCUGGCUGCUCUCAGCGGCCAGCAUGUCCCCAGCCAGGUGUUCCCCAAGUGAUGGCUGCCAGGUGACCGCCCCGAGCCUCACCCUCCCUACAGCAGCACCUCUGAGCUCAGGAGAGGCCUCCUGCCCUGCACUGCUCCUGCUGUGGUGCUGCAGCCCUGGGGCUGGGCCUGUGCUGGAAUCCAGAGGGUGAGCAAUAAACUGGAGCUGGCCCAGGG